AUGGAUGCAUCGGCCGAGGAUCGGAUCCGACGUUCGCCUUCCAUCGGAUCUUCCGCUGCUGCUCCUGUGCCGUCGGGAACAGCAAGGGGAGGCAAACGGAAACUCUCGACGGCUGCUUUCGGAUCGGCACCGAACAUGGCACCUCAGCCGCCAUCGUCACCGAUCACAUCGGAACACGCGUCCGAAGAUGGUAUACAUCAAAACGCCUCGCAAGUAGCCUCCACUUUACGCACCACCAUCGACAACUCGGAUGCUUCUGCUCGACCUGUUGCUACCAACUCCAAAGCUACCAACUCCAAAGCAGACGCCUCUUGUUCCGGCAGCAGCUCAUUGCAGAAUGCCACUUCCCAUACCCAGUUCCAUGACUGGCAAGAACAGCGUCGAUGCCAUUCCAUCCUUGUCGAGUAUGACUACGUCCAGCCAAUCGAAGACCGAAGAGAUCCACGCAGCUCCAACGCCCACCUUCUCAUGCCACUCUCCUCAUCAUCGCAGCAGCCUCAGUGUAUCGUCACAAGCGACAUCAAUGAGGCCACUUCGCACAGCCACUUGCAACCGCCUCCAAUAGCUAUCCAUCGCCGUGAUGAGCAGCAGUCUGCAGCCUCAACCACCACCUUUGAGCACUCAACGAAUGCUUCAGUCCACCGCUCUACUCCUCUCCAGAGCACCUCUGUUCCCCCAAGUCCAGAGCGAGCCAUCUCUCCUUCGCCUUGCUUGUCCGACUUUGGAUACCAGGUACCAUCUACCCACCGCUCGCCAUGUUUCGCCUCUUCCAUCCCACCUCCAAACAUUUCCACACCUCCGAAGCAGCUCAUCAACCAUGCCUCGGACUCUUUGUCACUCUCAAACGAGCCGCAUGCUGCUCAGCACAGCAACACAUCAGAUGCUUCCACUAGUGCUCUGUCUGCAUCCGCAAGCACUCCUCCUUGGCUGCCAACAUCCUCCUUGUCAAACCAAGCCAGCAUUACUUGUGCUCAGUCAGCCCAACCAACAACACCAUCGCACAAAGUCUUCCAGCUUCAACCUGUCCCAACCGCGAAGCGAAGAAAACUUCAAGAUGCAUCCACCCUCACUACCACAGAGAUGCGCUUUUCCAACAUGGACGAGGCCAGGCGAUCAAGGGAUGCCGGCAUUCCCUUCCACAAGACGCACAGUCAAAGUUGCACUACUGCCACCCAGACUCGGCAAGGUAUCAUGGCCAAUGGUGCUGUGCAAGCCUUGUCCUCGAAAGCUGAUACCCAUCACGCAGCAAUGCAAGUUCAAGCAGUCAAGGAUGCUGCUCCCUUGCCUGCAGUUCCAGCGCUGAGCUCCAGCCAUCGAACCAACCUCGUUGUCUCGCACAGAAUCUCGAGAGUUGGCCCCUCGACCGGAUCGAGUGCCAGCAUUGACACCCGAAGCGCAGCAGCGGAUGCAUCUUUCUUCGCCUCCAAGGCUCCUCCUGCUGCUCUCAAGCCACUUGCAUCCUCCUCUCGCAGGCCACGCUUCAUCCGCGCUAAGAGUCUUCCCAAUCUGCGCGCUAAAGCAACCUUGGACAUCACCGCGCCAUCGCACCAUCGUCUCAUCUUGCCCACUCACUGGCCUACUUGCCACUCACGACAGGGCCGCCAAGGUCACAACGCCUCUAGCAAAGGCUCGAAUGCCAGACUCUCGAAAAGUUUCGCUUUCAACCUUGCUCGCUAUCCAACAGCGUCUGGCAGCUCGCGCUCGCGAUCUAUCUUCACCCCGACUCUGCAUCCUCCCAUCACCAGGCACACUUUGCGCGAGCUCGACCUGUUCGAGAUUCUCAAGAAUCCUCAGCUCCGUCACGAUGUUGUGUUUGAUCCUAACGUCCAGUUCCGUCCCAACUUUGAUGGUGAGCGAGGACGACGCAAGCGAGAGGCUGGUGACAGGUACUGGACUGCGGUUGUGCGCGAGAUCGAGACCGGUUGCACUUGCACUGCUUUCUCUCAUGGUCAGCUUUUGCCUUGUACCUGUAAGCCAAAGCAUCCUUCUAGCACAGCCGCUGCCAAGCAAGACCUUCCUACACCGAGUGCUAAUGGUGCAGCGCCUAGCUCGGCUUCAUCGCGCAUCCCAUCACGCAUCCCAUCACGCAUCCCAUCACGUAUCCCAUCACGUAUCCCAUCACGUAUCCCGCUACUUGUACAGGAACUUCGCACGAUCUGUCUGUCUAUCUUGCCCUCCAACUAUCCUGCUGAUGCAGCACUUGUCGAGUCUGAAGAGGCAAUCACCGCGUCGGCUGACGAGCAGAAGGCAGAUGGUGAUGCAACCGAGUCCUCUUGGACGGACAAGAAGGCUUCCACUUGUUCUGCAUCGACUGGAUCGACAAGCUGGGCCACUAGGCACCACCAGCUCAUCGCACAGACGCUGGACCCGCACCUGAUCUCGCAAGAGCUGCAGCACGGCGUGCUCGACGUUGCCGCACUGAUCACCUUUAUGGGCUCGAUUCUGAAGCUUCACUGCGCACCGAUGCGUGACGAAGCCAUCGAAAAGAUGGUCGAGGUGGUCUGCGUUGAUCGCAACAUUGGCAAAGGUCUCCGUCUCUGUUUCGAGAUCUUGGAGUUGAUGAAACUCGACAUUGCCAAUCACCAGCUACGAUCAGCUAGGCCUUUCCUUGUCGAGACCGCCGUGGACUUUGAGAUCCGCUGGUUCAAGGAGCAGAUCGAACAGGGCAAGAUGUCUCUCGACAAGACGACUGCUUGGAUCCAGCAAGCUCUCGCUACUUGUCCUUGCUCGAACAGCGGUGUCACCUCGCGCAGCGAAGCAGUGGUGAAAGCGUUCAACUCUGGCAUGUUGCAGCUCAUCUUGGACGUUCCCGGAUCUCUCCCCGUCCUUUCGCCCGUGGCUACCCCUCUAGCUUCUCCGUCGUCUUGCUCGCUCAACAACACAUUUGCCGCGCACUACCCGGAGACGUUCCAGUUGGACGCGUACAGAAUGAUGACGUUCCACAACGACGUUUCGGAUCUCACCAUAGUCUACAUGCUAGUGCUGCUCUUUCGUCAACUCUGCAGUACUCGCUUGGACGAUGCUGGCCCUCUUGCCGCUUCUGUGGGUAGUAUCGCGCAGAAGCAGCUGAAAAGCAUCAAAGGAGAGAUCUGGUGUUUGGUCAAUGACGCCAAUCUCUGUCUUUCUAGUUCAGGUAGUUUGCCUUGCACUCCUACCGCUGCUGGAAGCAGUCGAGUGGAUGGCAAGUUGUUCCUGGGCAGUGCGGGUGGAUUUGCCAAACUGGACCACCCAAGAUGGCGACGAGCGAUGCAAAAUGUGUUGCUGCAGGUCGCAGCUCGUGCUUCGGCAGCUCAACAAGUUGCCAGAAGUGGAGCAAGUGAUCCUAGCAACGUCAAAGUGGCUGCACCUUCGGCUGCGACACAGAAACUGCUCAACUCGUGGAUGGAUACCAAUUUGCGUAGCGGUUCAGCACUACACAAGAUCUGUCAGAGACGAUUAAGCGAUGUUGUGCUUGGGAUGCUUAAUGAGAAGGUUCGCAAUGCGUUGCAGCCUUGUUCUUGCUCCCCCUCGAGCGUUGCUUCGACUGAGGUGGCUGAUAGAUUGAAGAGAGUCCAACUUGAACACGACAGCAUUGCUCCAGCGAAAAGGAUCAAGAGCGACUCGAACCGCGCUUCUACUUGCACCACCAGCUCCGAGAGAGCAACACCAGCCGCGGCAAGUGCCAGCGGCACCACGACAUGGGACACAAGCCUCACUCGAGCAGGAUUGGAGCCCUUUGCAGCCGAAAUCAGACUUCUCUCGGACAGGAUUGCUAAAGUGGCAACUUUGCAUCUCAGAGUCUUUCGAAAUCUAUAUGAAGGGAUCCAAGUCGCUCGAUCCAAGGGCUCCACUUGA